AUGCCACCCCUCUCCGGCUUCUCCGACAACCCGCUCCGCUCACGCUCGGAUCUGAUCCGCGCAGCAAUCGCUCUCGUCCAGCCUCUCCAUGCGCACUUCUCACCAGCCCGGGCAUUCAUCCGUCUACCUGUUUCAACGGGGACGCAUUUUGAUGAGCGAGCGGCUCAGCUGGAAGGGUUUGCGCGGCCGCUGUGGGUUGUUUCUACCUUGCUCCAUGCAGUUCGCUCCGAGCCAAACCGUCCAGAUGCUGGAAGGAUUCGUGGUAUCUGCCAGCCAUGGAUUGAGGGCAUCGCAACGGGGACUGAUCCAAGCCACCCGGAGUACUGGGGCGACAUUGGCGACGGCGACCAGCGGAUGGUUGAGGCGGAGGUUAUAGCCGUUGCGAUCCUGUAUGCACCGGAGGACUUUUUCCAUUCUCAGCCUGACCAUGUGCGCCAGAAUAUAACUUCCUGGCUGCGCGGAAUGAAUGGGAAAGACAUGCCGCUGAAUAACUGGCGGUGGUUCCGCGUGUUCGCGAACCUGGCGUUAGUUCUUGUCGCGGGUGUGCCGUACGCUGAGCUGAGAAGUCAGAUGGAGAGUGACUUUGCGGUGCUUGACUCAUUUUAUCUCGGGGAUGGCUGGAACGCAGAUGGGCCGUGGUUGACAGCGCAGCAGGAGGCUGAACUUGAGGAGGAGGCUACGAGGACCAGGCGUCGUGAUAAGAUUGGGCCUGGUCGGCAGGUGGACUAUUACUCCGGCAGCUUUGCGAUCCAGUUUAGCCAGUUGCUGUAUGUCAAGUUUGCAGCUGCGGCGGGGUUGGAUUUAGACCGUGUUGAGAGAUACAGGCAGCAGGCAAGGGAGUUUGGGAGGGAGUUCUGGAGAUACUUCGAUGAGGAUGGCGCUGCCAUCCCAUUCGGCAGAUCCCUCACAUACCGCUUCGCAUGCGCUGGCUUCUUCGCUGCCCUUGCCAUGACCGAAGUCCCCGACAUGCCAGCGGCCCUGGAUUCACCGGGGGCAGUCAAGGGCUUCCUGCUACGCCACUUACGGUGGUGGGCGGCGCACUCGGAGGACAUCUUCCACCCCGAUGGAACGCUGAAUAUCGGCUAUCUCUAUCCCAACAUGUACAUAGCCGAAGACUACAACUCCCCGCAAUCCGUCUUCUGGGCGCUGAAAAGCCUCAUCCCGCUCGCGCUGCCAGACGCCCACGCCUUCUGGACCUCCCCCGAACAGCCCUACCCGCACAAGCUGCAGACCGAGUCACCAGCCAAGCUCCUCCGCCAACCAAGCCAGAUCCUCUGCAACCACCCCGCAGGCGCGCACCACUUCAUGCUCUCAGCCGGCCAAUUCGUCGCCUGGCCCAUGAAGGCGUCGGCGGCGAAAUACUGCAAGUUUGCGUACUCUUCGUCAUUCGCGUUCAGUGUGCCAACGGGUCCGUUAAUCCAGCAGAUUGCACCGGAUAAUGCGCUGUUGCUCAGCCGCGAUGGGUGCGAGACGUGGGCGGGGAAGUGGAAGUGCGCUGAGGCGAGGUACUCGAGUGUAAAUGUUUGCGGGGAGAGUGUGCCGAUUGCACAGGUGCAGUGGAAGCCCUGGGGUGGUGGGGCGGUUGUUGUUGAUACGACGCUUGUUCCGCCGUGUGCGCGGUGGCCGGAUUGGCAUGUUCGAGUCCAUCGGAUUAGGGUGGAUGGAAACAGUACGCUGCAAAGCCUGCAUCUGGUUGAGGGCGGGUUUGCGAUUGAUCGAGUUCCUUCUGAUAAGAAGGUGAAAGUCCUACCCUUUCGGUCGGACGAUCCCGGGCAUAGUGAAGCUGAAGGGGUCUACGCGUUUGACGAUAGAGCCUCCAGCUUGGUUGUCUCGAAAGCCGGUGCUAGCGGCAUCGUUUCCUCAGCUACGCGUCACAUUACGGGGUCUGCAUCUGAUGGCCUGGUUCCUGGGACAGUGGCCGUCGAACAUGAAGCCAUGAAGCCCGAUUCAAACACGAAUCUUAUGGCUCAGCGGACGUUGAUUCCGGUUUCAAAGGUUGAGGUAUUUGAUCGGAGCCCUGGUGAGGAGGUUGUCCUUGUAACGAGGGUAUUUGCUGCUACGUCGAAGCAAUCUAAAAAUAUAAAGCUGGACGGGCGAAGGGAUGACAGAAUACAACAGAGAUGGAUGGACAUGCCCGUCGUCCAGAUAGGAAAUGUAUCUGAGAAGCAGGCGGAUGAUGCUAUUAUUGUCAAUCUCUAG